CAGCUUAAAAAUCAACUCAUAAAAAUCACGACUUUUAAACUACAAGUCGAUAUAUUUGUUCUCCCACACCGAGUUGAUAUCGACCUAUCGGCAUCUCUAUUUGUUUUGUUGCAAUUUGCCAAUUCCAACCUUUCUGAUUUGUUUACCCAAAAUGGGAGAAGAAACAAGCAAUUCUACGCAAAAUAAAACCCGGACAAAGACUACGCGACCCAAGGCGGUUUACCAGUGGACAGUGAGCGAUGUGCUGAAGUGGUAUCGUCGCCACUGUGGCGAAUACACCCAAUACGAACAGCUCUUCGCCCAGCACGAUAUAACCGGGAGGGCUUUACUCCGCAUCACGGACUCAUCGCUGCAGCGAAUGGGAGUUACGGACAACAGGGAUCGGGAGGCCAUUUGGCGGGAGAUCGUGAAGCAGCGACUCAAGACGGACAUCAUGGAAAUCCGGGAUAUGGAGAGGCUCAACAUACACUAGAAAUACCAUGGAGGUGCCUUGUGGUUCACUCAUUGCUUAAGAUGUAUAUUAGAUUAUGAUUAUAAUUUUUUAAGAUCUGACCGCCUGUUUUAAGAUCACCCAAGUAUCGUAUCUUAAUUUACUUUAUCACAAUGAUAACACUGUUCAAUAAGUUAUCUAAUCUAACUCCUUAGAAAGAAAAUUACAUUGACCUGCGU